CCAGGCAAGGGUUAGGUUGCAGGGCGGGGGGACUCUGCAGACACCGCCAUGGCUCGCAGGGCUCUUGGGCCUGCGCGCUCCCUGCUCGCUGCCCUUCUGGCUCCGGCGUUGGUGGCACUGUUGGUGUCGCCGGCCCGGGGUCGCGGGGGCCUGGACCACGGGGACUGGGACGUGGACAGGCGACUACCUCCGCUGCCACCCCGCGAUGACGCGCCGCGCGUGGCCCGCUUCGUGACGCACGUCUCGGACUGGGGUGCGGUGGCCACUAUCUCCACGCUGGAGGCGGUGCGCGGCAGGUCCUUCGCGGACGUCAUUUCAUUCAGUGACGGUCCCCCGGGAGCAGGCAGCGGUGUGCCCUACAUGUACCUGAGCCCGUUGCAGCAACUAGUGAGCGACUUGCAGGAAAAUCCACAGGCUACAUUGACACUGUCUUUGGCACAGACUGUCUUCUGUAGGAAACAUGGAUUUGAUCCCCAGAGUCCCUUGUGUGUUCAUAUAAUGCUGUCAGGAACUGUGACCAAGGUGAAUGAGAAAGAAGCGGACUAUGCAAAGAAUUCCUUAUUCCUUCGACACCCUGAGAUGAAAACUUGGCCUUCCAGCCAUAAUUGGUUCUUUGCUAAGUUAAAUAUAACCAAUAUCUGGGUCUUGGACUACUUUGGUGGACCGAAAGUAGUGACACCCGAAGAAUAUUUUAAUGUCACAUUGCAGUGAAGCAGAGCAUGGUGAACCCGCGCACACCAGCAGAGAGUCCUACAUGGCUCACACAUGCUUAAAGGACAUGGUGUUGCCUGCAACUUCUCUGGGCUGUCAGCGGACUCUGCUGCCCCUUGGUUGAUUUUGUCUGCUUGCUUGUCUAUAGAAUGUUGUUGGUCCUAGACUAGAUCUCUUGGAAGAUGUGAUUUCUGGAUUUAAAACAUGUAUUUUGAAGCCAUUUUCAUAGGAAAAUGCCAUUCAUUAUAAGCAAGGAUGUUUUCUUUCAUCUAUUCCCAGUGGUUUUUCCUCAAAGGUGCCCAUAUAUUGGCAACAUAAACCAGGUGUAGAUUGCCCAUUGACACUGGAGGUACAGAAGUCCAGGCACUUUAUUCCUGAGAGCCACUGUGCCUGAGGGGUGCUCCCCUCACCCAGUUGUCUGUGGAGCCUGUGCAGAGGAGCCUGGGCAGAGGGUGUGCCCCGGAUGCAGAGUGCCUGUGUGAACCCUUCAGACAUGGAAGGGGUGAACUACCGUAUGGCUGAUCCAGCACAAAAGUAUCGUCUGUAAAACUCUCUAAAUGUCUUACAUUUUAAAGUCAUAGUUACCCAGAACCAAAGAAGUAAAAAAUAUUUCCUGCUUUCAUUUUC